AAAUACUUUGCCGAUCUUCCUCUCACUAGCAAAACCCAGAAUGGUUUAAAGAAAGCCAAUUUUAGACAACUUACUGUGAUUCAGCGUAAAGCAAUUCCUCUUGCCCUGGCUAAGCGUGAUGUGUUGGGUGCUGCCAAGACAGGCAGUGGAAAGACCUUGUCAUUCCUUGUACCUGUUUUGGAAAUCCUUCAUAGAGAGCAAUGGAACACUGAAGAUGGAUUAGGCGCACUUAUUAUCUCACCUACACGUGAGCUCGCAGUACAGAUUUUCGAGGUUCUCAAAAAGAUUGGACGUGAGCACGCAUUCUCGGCUGGUUUGAUUAUCGGUGGAAAAGACUUUAAGAUUGAACAAGAACGUGUAACUCGUAUGAAUAUUUUGGUUGCCACUCCUGGUCGUCUUUUGCAACAUAUGGAUCAAUCUGCAGGUUUCAACUGUGAUAACUUACAAGUGUUGGUUUUGGAUGAGGCUGACAGAAUUAUGGAUAUGGGUUUCCAAAAGACAGUGAAUGCGAUUGUCGAGAACUUACCUCGCCACAGACAGACGCUUUUGUUUUCAGCAACCCAAACUCGAUCCGUAAAAGAUCUUGCUCGUCUUAGUUUGAAGGAUCCAGAGUAUGUCGCUGUGCACGAAAAGGCAGAAUUCAGCACACCUCAAAACUUGACCCAACAUUACGUCGUCGCCGAACUACCAAAAAAGCUCGAUAUCCUGUACUCGUUUGUCAAAUCUCAUCUCAAAUCAAAGACAAUUGUCUUUGUUUCAAGCUGUAAACAGGCACGAUUCAUAUACGAAGCAUUCUGCAAACUUCAACCUGGUGUUCCCAUUCUCCAUCUUCACGGCAAACAAAAGCAGACAAAACGUGUAGAUAUUUUCCGUUCAUUCACAUCCAGUCAACAUGCCGUUUUGAUCUGUACAGAUAUCGCGGCUCGUGGUUUGGAUUUCCCUGCUGUCGACUGGGUUAUUCAGCUCGACUGUCCCGAAGAUCCUGAGACGUAUAUUCACCGUGUCGGAAGAACUGCUCGAUUUGAUGCCGAAGGUCAUGCUCUUUUGAUUCUCUUACCGACUGAGGCAGAGGUCAUGGUUGAGGAAUUAAAGAAAAAGAGAGUACCAAUUGAAGAAAUUAAGAUCAAGGCAAGCAAGCAACAAUCUAUCCAAAAACAGCUCCAGAGCUUCUGUUUCAAUGAUCCAGAAAUCAAAUAUCUUGGUCAAAGAGCAUUUGUUGCUUACAUGCGCUCCGUUUACCUUCAGCGCAAUAAAAAGAUCUUCAAGGCUGCCGAAUUACCGGCUGAUGACUUUGCACACUCUCUUGGUUUAGCCGGUGCUCCCAAGAUUAAAUUUAUUAAGAAGGGAGAGGUUAAGGCUUCAUCGAAGGCUGAUAAAACCAACGAGGAGAUCAAUAAGAAGGUUGCCGAGGCAAAGGAAGGCGCGAUUGACGAGGAAUCAGAAGAAGAAAACGAGGAAGAAGAGGAGGAAACAUCAAAGACCAAGUACGAUCGUAUGUUCCAGCGCAAGAACCAGGGUAUUCUUUCGGAGCAUUACAACAAGCUUGUUGAUUACGCUGGCGACAAGAUGGAUGUUGACGAGGACAAUGAUGAUGAUUUCAUGAAGCUGGAGCGUGUAGAUCAUGCUCUCAGUGAUUCUGAUGAAGAUAUAAAGGAUGCCGAUCAAGCCAAUAUGUCCAAGAGACAGGCUAAGCUGACAAAGAAGGAUUUGGCCAAGAAGUUGCCCAAGGGUGAACGAUUGGUAUUCGACGAAGAAGGAAAGCCCCAUCAACUGUACGAGAUGCAGGAUGAGAAGUCUUUCUUGGCAGCGGGCGAUGCAAAGACUCAGAUUAGCCAGUUUAUUAGUGAGACUGGCGAGUUAAUGAAGGAGGCCGAUAAGGAUGAUAAAAAAUUGGCUAGCCAAAAGCGAAGAGAGAAGAAGAUGAAGAAGAAGCUCAGCGAAGAGGUAAGCAGAUAUAAUAUUUAG